AUGAUUUUAAUUCUGCUGGUGUCCAUGUCAAUGGUGGUAUACAGGGGUGGCCAAGGACUGGAGCCACCAGCAUUCCUGCCGGAGCUUCUUGACACACCUGAAAGAAUCUUGAACAAUGCCACAUUCUUCAAUGGAGUCUUUCAAAAUGUGGAAAGUGUUGCAUUAUUUUUUGACUGCCUGGGUUCUCAUUUCACCUGGUUACAGUCCAUCUUCACUAAUUUCCCUGCCCUGCUCAACUUCGUGAACAAACUGAAGUGUGUGACUGGAUUUUGUCCCAGGGAUUUUGAGGACUAUGGUUGCUCUUGCCGGUUUGAGAUGGAAGGGCUCCCUGUGGAUGAAGCUGAUGACUGUUGUUUCCAGCACCGCAAAUGCUAUGAGGAGGCAAUGGAGAUGGAAUGCACAUGGGAUCCAUCAAAAAUAUCUACAGACAUCAACUGCUCUACUGAAAACCUGACUUGUGAGUCUGGGGAUCCCUGUGAACAGUUCCUCUGUAAUUGUGACAAAGAUGCCAUUGAAUGCUUUAUGAAUGCACAUAUUAACUCUUCCUUGAACGGGCUGGAUGUCUCCUUCUGCCCACCUCUGGUUACAGAGUUCCUUCAUCAUGGGACUGACAAAACACAGGCUGCAACUGCAUCCAUGGAAGAAGUGAUUUCUUUUGAGCCCAGUGAGAUGGCCCCAGGGACUUCCAAAGCCAGAGUUACCUCAAAGGACCACAAAGGUACAGUUCCUGCUCCCUCCAUCCCCUCAAUAAAAGAAGAAGACAGAUUUAUGGAAGCUGUGGUCCCUGUGGAAGAGAUAACCACUUCCCCAGCUUCCUUCCCAGGAGAUAUUAACUCAAUGCAAGGAAAAAUUGUCCCCACCCAGAAGGUUCCUGAAGGGACAUCUGCAAGAACAAAGGAAAAAGAAACAAGCCCUGCAAAGGGGGGCCAGGGCACAGCUUCCUCUGGAUCAGCUCUGGAACCGGUGCUGUCUGACAAAGGAACCCAUGGACCUGCAGGAGAAGUUUGUGAGCGAUUGACCUUUUUGCAAGAGAGAGGAAAUGGAAGAGUGAAGAGGGAGCUGCCUCAGCUGGGAGAAAUGCUCUUCUGUUUAACUGGGAGAUGCCCAGAGGAAUUUGAGUCUUAUGGUUGUUAUUGUGGCCGAGAUGGAAGUGGUUAUCCUACUGAUGCACUGGACAGGUGCUGCUUCUCUCAUCACUGUUGUAUGGAACAAAUUCAGAAACUUGGAUGUCAUGCAGAAAGAAGUUCAAGGGCUGAAGUUGUAUGUUUUGAUCAUAAACCAAAAUGCAUCGGUUGGAGCAUGUGUGAGAAACUACUGUGUGCUUGCGAUAAGGCAGCAGCCGAGUGCAUGGCUUCUGCCUUCUUCAAUGAAAGCCUGAAGUCUCCCCACAGGCAGGAGUGCCAAGGGGAGAAGCUCUUAUGUCAAAGAGACCCUUCUGAAAGGCCUUCAGUGGGCACAGAAACAGGCACUGGGGCUUCCAGCUCUGAGGAAAGCAGUGAGGAGGAAGGCCCAGUGCGGAGUGUGUUGAGAAGAGCAAAGAGACAGCCUCGUCGUCCUGCUGGAAACUCCAGAACUCUGCAACGUGAAGGCAGAUAACCAACCCGCACAAUGUGCUUCAGCCUCAUGGCAUAGGGACUUGAAGAGUCAGACAUUAUGUACCUUCCUCUUUCUUGCUCCACAUGCUGCCUUACACUUCCAGCACGCAAAUGACACAAUGAUAGAUAGAUGAGGUAUUAGCUGUCAGGCUGUGGAAGUCCUUGCUGUAGUGCAGCUGGCACUGCAGACCAUCUGUUUAGGUCAGAUAUUACUCUAGUUAUUUCACUGAAUUCUCUGUAAUCUCAUACAACUUCUGUGUAGAAACUGUUCUCAUCAAAGACUGACUUUUGUUAACCAUGUAGUUGCUUCACACUGGAUCUUGCUGAUGGUGGCUGAG